GAAUGAAAUUUGUACAUGUGAGAAUUUUUUUUUUUCUUUCAUUUUGUAAGUUACUUUUUGCAAAAGUUGGUUUUUCUGUUUUGAUUAGAAAAACCGACCGGUAAGCUAGCUGCUUAAUUGCUCCGGUGAUCACUCCAGCGGUUGAACCGCUUCUCAUGUUCCCUCUCGUCUAUCUCUCCAUCUCCAUUUCGAUCUCUCCAGCAGCUGGAAAGUUAUUAGGCGUAACGAAAUUGACUUGUUAGGGGAGGAUUGGCCUCACCUUAUUAAUAAGUGGAUCGAGUAUAUACUCUAAUAAAUUGCUUGAAGAGGAAGAUGUUACGACGUUUUUUGGCUAUUUUAAUUGUGGUGGUUUCACUUUCAUGGAACCUUGGUGUUAUAGAUGCCAGUGUUGGUGAUGAAGAUCCUAGAUACAGGGUUUGUGUGAAAGAGUGUAAAGAAACUGGAUGUGUUGGGGAAACAUGCUUUCCAUAUUGCAAGUUCUCUUCCAAUGAUGCCACCAUUGAUGGUACUUGGUUUAUACUAGAACCUCUUUAUUUGAGGUGGAAACAAUGGCAUUGCCAAAGUGAUUGUUGUUACCAUUGUAUGAUUGAUAGAGAGAAAGAAAGAGAAGCUCUUCUUGGCUCUGCUCCUCUCAAAUAUCAUGGUAAAUGGCCCUUCAAACGUGUAUAUGGGAUUCAGGAACCUGCUUCUGUUAUUUUCUCUCUUCUGAACCUUGCAAUGAAUUUUCAUGGCUGGCUAUCCUUUUUCAUUCUUGUACACUAUAAAUUGCCUUUGAAGAGAGAUAAGAAGGCAUACUAUGAAUUUGCCAGUUUAUGGCAUAUCUAUGGGCUCUUGACAAUGAACUCUUGGCUCUGGAGUGCUGUUUCCCAUUGUCGAGAUGUGGAACUAAUGGAGAAGCUAGACUACUCAUCAACAGUGGCAUUACUUGGUUACUCCCUUAUUGUGGCCAUACUAAGAAGUUGUAACUUGAGGGAUGAUGCUGCCAGAGUCAUGGUUACAGCCCCAGUCCUUGCAUUUGUAACCACCCAUAUAAUGUUUCAGAAUUUCUACAAAUUAAACUAUGGGUGGAAUAUGAUUGUUUGUGUCUUCAUGGGCGUGCUGCAGCUACUUAUUUGGGCAAUUUUUGGCCGUGUCACUCGCCAUCCAUCUCGGUGGAAGUUGUGGCUGGUGGUGGUGGCAGGUGGUCUAUCAAUGCUUCUGAAAAUCUGUGAUUUUCCUCCAUAUGAAGGAUAUGUUGACGCCCAUGCGCUAUGGCAUGCCACCACAGUCCCACUAACUUACAUUUGGUGGAGUUUUGUCCGAGAUGAUGCUGCAUUUAGAACCAUGAAUCUGCUGAAGAAGGCAAAGUAACUUGUUUUGAAUAUGGGAAUGGGAAAUUGGGAAUGUGCUAAUAAUUUUUGUGCCUCUUCUAUUUCUUUUUUUUAUUCUUUCUAGAUUAGUUUGUAUCUCUUUUCAUUGAUGUAACCAUCCAAGAUGUUAGGCAUUUUAUUAUUAUUUUUUUUCUUUUUUCUUUCACAUUAUCUAUAUUAAUAAAUUCAUAAACUAAAUUAAAUGCA